AUGUCCACAUCAAGUCCGUCCCGACCAUGGAAACGGGAGAUGGGCGGGGCAGAGCCGAAAGUGACCCCGCCCGAGAAUCCAAAGGGAGCAUUUUUUCCUUGUGAUGUCAAUGGUGUUAAGUCCGAAGCCUUAUUAGACACGGGUGCAGAAGCAACAAUUAUCAGUGACAGAAGCAACAAUUAUCAGUGAAGACCUAUACCAUCGCUCUAAGACACAUAUAAACAAACUUGAGUCCACACAGAAGCAUGUCCUAGGGGCCAAUAACAUGUCACUUAAUAUGCAUGGUUGGAGAAACAGAAGUAACAAUUCAGCUGGGCGCGAUCAGGGCUCAGCAUAAAGUGCUGGUGUGCUGAGACUUGGCACAGCAAGUGUUGAUUGGUAUAGAUUUUCUAACAAAUCACAAAUGUAUCAUUAACUUUGACACUAACACUGUCUACAGUAAGGGGGGACCCAACAAAAUGGCUUUUGGAUGCCUUGAUAGAGUUCACAGGAUCACUGUCGCGGAAACCGUCACAUUAUCUCCAAAUAUGGCCGCAGACCUUGUGAGGUCCAAGGGGUAG